CUCCAUCCGGCGCAUGCAUCAUCAAUCUCAACAUACAAGGCUAAGCAGCUGAUGGAUUCAAAGAAGUGUAACAAGAUCAGAGAAGUUGUUAGGCUUCAACAAAUCCUCAAGAAAUGGAAGAAAGUUGCAACUGCUUCCAACAACAACAACAGCUCCAGCAGUAAAGGCAUCAAGUUUUUGAAGCGAACCCUUUCAUUCACAGAUGUUUCUUCCACCAACACCAAUCAAGACAUCGUUCCAAAAGGGUUCCUUGCUGUUUGUGUAGGGAAAGAGCUCAAGAGAUUCAUUAUUCCCACGGAUUACUUGAGACACCAAGCAUUUGAGAUGUUGCUCCAAGAAGCAGAAGAGGAAUUUGGUUUCCAGCAAGAGGGUGUCCUCAAAAUCCCAUGCCAAGUAUCAGUCUUCGAGAAAAUAUUGAAUGCCGUGGAAGACAACAAACAACCCUUGGAUGAGUUUGGCUUCAAUGCGUCAGAUUGUGAAGUCACUUCCCCUCAUCAUGCUCAACCGUGUACAUAGAUAUAUAUUAUAUAUAUAAUUCUUGAUUCUCU